AUGCUCACAAAACCUUGUCUAUGGUUGAAAGAUCCAGAUAGUGGAAAUAAACGUGUUGUAAACUUUCAUAAUUCAAAAUUAGACUGUUCUAUUCCUCGUUAUGAAUAUGCAGCAGCUACCAUAUUAAUUGCUGUAACUGGUAAAAAUAAACAAUCAAUGAAUGUUAUCCUUAAGGAUAUUAUUGAUCGAUGGAUGACUGUAGACUCACAUGAAGUAUUCGAUGAACAUUUACUACAACUUAUUCCAUUAGAUUAUAUCGCAUAUGUAUUUAUACCUAAAAAUAUAUUUCAAUCACUCACUCCGAAAGCUCAACAAUCAGCUAAAGGAGCUUUCAAAGACGCUCUUUUCAAUAAUAAUCAUGAUAUUGAUCUUAGUUUAAUUAAACUAGGCAGUAUGAUUCCCUUAGAUGCAACUAGUAAACCUUAUCAAAAAUUUGUACUUGAUAAAAUAAUUGUUAUUACAAUUCCAACCUCAAAGUCUGAAGAACUGAUUGUUUUACUAAUAACCAUUUCUCAAUCAUAUACACUAUAUUGUCUUGAUAAAGCUCAAACAUCAAAUAAUCCUGAAUUGACUUAUAUUUAUGGACAAGCUAUGAGUAGUGGCAUGAUGUUAACAAUAUCUAAUGAAGAGAUUAGUCCAGAAAAAGAUCAAUCUACUCUUCGAUGUCUCAUUUAUUAUGUUGCUAAAAAAUGA